CAAAACACUCGUCUUCCCCAAUCAACCCAAUCCAUUCUACACUACAGUUGCAGUGCAGAAAGGGAGCUGCAGAACUCAAGCAGAGCAUUUUAAUGGCUUCCCAGCCCCCUAAACCCCUCUUCCUCUUCGCUUUUCCAAUUCUCACAACUCUCUUCACUACUGUCUCCUGCCUACGAAUCUACCAGUGCUCCCCAAACGGCAACUACACAGAAAACAGCCCAUACUACACCAACCUCCUCACCAUCCUUUCAUCCCUCCCAUCAAACAUCGACAACAAUGGCUUCAACAGCGCCUCGCAAGGCUCGACCGCCGCUGAUCGAGUGCACGCAGUUGCGCUCUGCCGAGGCGAUCUCCAGCUCGUCGCCUGUCGCGCCUGCGUCAAGACAGUCGCCGAGGAUCUGGUCACGUCAUGUCGGAAUCGGAGACAGGCUGUUUUGUGGGACAACGUGUGCAUGGUGAGGUACUCCGACGAGCCGAUUCUCAGGAUCCGGGCCGAUGCGCCGGGCCAUGUGGAGAAAAAUAUGGCGGCCAAUGCGACGAACCCGGAUCAAUUUAACGAUGAUUUGGGAUGGCUGUUGGGGACCCUUAUUUCCUCGGCGGCGUCGGGUGGGGAGCUGAUGAAGGUUGCGGCCGGAGAGAGGGGGACGGCGCUGAAUGCUACGAUUUUUGCGCUAUUGCAAUGCACGCCUGAUUUGUUGGCCGCGGAUUGCAAAACUUGUCUGGCGGCGCUCGCGGCGAGAGCACGGGCUUGUUGUAAUACAACAAUCGGGGCGAGAAUAUUGGCUCCGAGCUGCAUGCUUAACUACGAGACGUUCGCCUUUUAUAAUACGUCGAGGAUUCAAGAAGUUAAGCAGACGUUUCCGGUACCUCAGGACGGGCCAACGGUAGGUUCAUCUCCGCCUCCGACCAUGGCUGCAGUGCCGGUACCUUCACCACGAGGGAAACAAAAGGAUAGUAAAGCUCGAACCAUUAUUUUCAUCGUCGUUCCAAUUAUUUUUUGUCUACUAUUAUUGGCUUGCUGCAUCGUAAUGUCGAAGAGGAGGAAAGGAACAGAAAAGAAAUGUGCAACAGAACUCACAGAAAAUGAGACAAGAACAGCAGAAUCAUUGCAAUAUGAGUUUAAGAAAAUCAAAGAUGCAACAAACAACUUCUCCGAUGCUAAUAAGGUGGGAGAAGGCGGGUUUGGUGCUGUGUAUAAGGGGAAACUCGAAGAUGAUCAAGAAAUUGCAGUUAAACGGUUGUUUAUGGGUACGGGACAGCGAGAUUCAGAAUUUCAGAAUGAGAUCAUGUUACUGGCUAAACUUCAACACAGAAAUCUUGUUAGGUUGCACGGUUUCGCUCGGGAUCAGACAGAGAGAGUUCUUGUUUAUGAGUUUGUUAACAAUGGAAGCUUGGACCACUACAUAUUUGAUCAACCUACAGCUCAUUUUGUCGAUUGGGAUACACGAUUCAAAAUUAUAAGAGGUAUUGCAAAAGGUCUAUUGUAUCUACACGAGGACUCUCGGUUGCGCAUCAUUCAUCGUGAUCUAAAAGCAAGCAACAUCUUGCUCGACACAACCAUGAAUCCAAAAAUAGCGGACUUUGGCCUCGCAAGGUUAUGCAAUGAAACUGAAGCCAACACAAAAAGAAUUGUUGGAACCUACGGCUAUAUGCCACCCGAAUAUGUACAUCACGGGCGAUUCUCCAUCAAGACUGAUGUAUAUGGCUUCGGAGUUCUGGCCUUGGAAAUUAUUUGCGGACAGAAAAAUAGCAAUUUCCGAAACGAGGGUAUUACAAUCGAAGAAGGCUUGCUAAAUUAUGCAUGGAGAAAUUGGAACGAGCGAACAAUAGUAAACGUGAUAGAUCCUACAUUGCAAUCCGAGUCGAGUAACUUGGGCGAUAUAAUAAGAUGCGUACAUAUUGCUUUGUUGUGUGUUCAAGAAAGAACACAUGAUAGACCAACCAUGGCUUCGGUUAGUUUGAUGCUUAGCAAUUUCAACGCGACUUUACCACCGCCAACAAAGCCUGCAUUUUUUGUGUCCCGUUCCUCGGAUCAAGAGAGACCAGAAGAUCGGUUGGUCGAACAUACUCCUUUUUCUAACAACGAGGCUUCAAUUACGGAGUUGUAUCCGCGAUAAUUAGGUCGUUUUAUAUUUGAUUAAAUUGUAAAAUACCACGAUGUGCGUAUCUAGGGAAUAGUCCUUCAAAGCGAAUUAUACUUAGAUACAUCUAUUCGAUAAAAUUCUGAAUC